AACAUAUGUGAGUUUUCAAUUUUUCUGCAAGUUUUGGAUUUAGCUUGGCUGUGGUAAGUUUAUAUAGUAUUAACAAAAACUUAAAAAAUUCUGAAUAUCUUAUUCAAAACCCUUUGAAAGAACUUCAGAAGGUUUGCCAUGAGUCAUUGUAAGGAUAAAGAUGAGGAAGAGCUUCCUUGUGCAAAGCCUUCUGGUGAGGAGCGGAGUGGAGUUAAAAGGACAGAAUUGCUGCAGAAAGACAUCAAUCCUGGUUCUAGCAGUGCGUCCUGCAUCAGUGCUGGAUCAAAGGACAUUAUUUCCAACUUUAAAGAAAGUAAACAUAUGGUGCAGGAGCAGAGCGCAGAAGCUGGUCAGUCUCCUCCACAACAUCAAAAUGAACUGGACUCUGUUUUUCAGGACCUGGAAGACAGCAUUGUAACAUUUGUUAAAAACAAGCUCAAGGUUAUCAAAAGCUGUAUGAGCACCGGUAAGCUAAAAAGCUUUGAGUCUGAUGGGGAGGAUGAGAGCUUACCAGAGGAUACAAGGCAGAGAAGGAGCUGCAUGGAGGCUUUGGUGAAAAUUGCUCUGCACUUUCUGAGGAUACAGAAGCAAGAGGAGCUGGCUGACCAGUUGGAAAGCAAAUGCUCUUAUGCAAUUCUUCAAGAGAAACAUAAAUUCUUGCUGAAAAGGAAGUUUCAGUAUGUGUUUGAAGGGAUUGCAAAGUCAGGACACCAGACCCUUCUGAAUCAGAUCUUCACAGAACUUUACCUCACAGACGGUGGGAAUGAAAGUCAUGAUAAUCAGCAUGAGAUUGGACUGAUUGCAACAGCAAGCAGAGCACAAAACAAACCUGAAAUGAAGAUUAAAUGUGAGGAUAUAUUUAAAACCACAAAGAUGAAUAAACCAGUCAGAACAGUGAUGACGAAGGGAGUGGCUGGGAUUGGAAAAACUGUUCUAACACAGAAGUUCACUCUGGACUGGGCUGAAAACAAAACCAACCAGAAAAUCCAUUACAUAUUUCCAUUCACAUUCAGGGAGCUCAAUUUCUUGCAAGGGAAGGAGCUCAGCUUGGUAGAACUUAUUAAGCAUUUCUUUACUGACUGUAAAGACCUAGGAAAUUACAGAUUUGAAGAUAUCUGUGUUGCAUUCAUCUUUGAUGGUCUGGAUGAGUGUCAACUUCCUCUAGACUUCUUCAGCAAUAAGAUUCUGACUGAUGUUACAGAGUCCGCCUCACUGGAUGUGCUGCUGACAAAUCUCAUUAGAGGGAACCUCUUACCUUCUGCUUAUCUGUGGAUCACCACACGACCCGCAGCAGCCAGUCAGAUCCCUCUUGAGUGUGUGGACUUGGUGACAGAAGUCAGAGGGUUUGCUGAACAGCAGAUGUGGGAGGAGUACUUCAGGAAAAGAUUCACAGAUGAGGAUCUGGCCAGCAAUGUUAUCUCUCAAAUCAAAACAUCAAGAACCCUUCGCAUAAUGUGCCAGAUCCCAGUCUUCUGCUGGAUCACAGCUACAGUUCUGGAGAAUGACUUUAAAACCUGUGAAACCAAAGAGCUGCCAAAGACAAGGACUGAGUUGUACAUCCAUUACCUGUUGAUUCAAGCUAAACUAAAAUUAAUCAAAUGUGACAAAGUACCUGAAACACAGCAACACUGGAGUCUAGAAACCAGGGGCAUGAUUGAAAUUCUGGGAAAACUGGCUUUUAAUCAGCUACAGAAAGGAAACCUGAUCUUUUAUGAGUCCGAUCUGGAGAAUAGUGGAAUCAAUAUCCACGAUGCUUCAAAGUACGCAGAGGAUUUUCCACAGAUGUUUAUAGAAGAUAAGGGGCUGUACCAAGGCAAGGUGUUCAGUUUUGUACAUUUGAGCGUUCAGGAAUUUCUGGCAGCUCUUCAUGUGCAUCUGACGUUCUUCAACUGUGGCAUUAACCUACUAGGAAAGUCUGACUCAGAAGAAGCUACUGAGGCGGGUUUCUAUAAAACUGCUGUGAAGGAAACCUUGCAAAGCCGAAAUGGACAUCUGGACCAGUUCCUUUGUUUCCUUCUAGGUCUUUCAUUGAAAAGCAAUAAGACUCUCCUACAAGGCCUUCUGAUAAAGACAGAUAGUAACCCAGAGGCAUAUAAAGAAACAAUCAAACACAUCAGAGACAAGAUCAGUGAGAAUCUGCCCACAGAGAAAGGUCUCAAUCUGUUUUACUGUUUAAAUGAGCUGGGUGAUAAUUUCUUGGUAGAAGAGAUCCAGCAAUAUUUGUCAUCAGGGCGACUCUGUACAGACAAACUGUCCCCUGCCCAUUGGUCAGCCCUGGUGUUCAAUUUGCUCUCCUCAGAAGAAUAUCUAGAUGUUUUUGACCUGAAGAAAUACUCUGCUUCUGAGGAGGCUCUGAUGAGGCUGUUGCAAGUUGUGAAAGCUGCAAGCAAAGUCUUGCUGGAUUCCUUUCAAUUCUCAGAGAAAAGUCUUACAGCUCUGGCUUCGAUUAUAAGCUCAAAGGAUUCUAAUAUGAGCGAGCUUGAGAUAAGUAACACAAGGCUCCAGGAUUCUGGAGUACAGCUGCUGAUGGAUGGAGUGGAACCAGAAUCCUGCAAAAUGGAGUCCCUAAGAUUCAGCCUCUGCAACCUCUCAGAGAAAUGCUGUAAAAAUCUAUCUAUACUUCUCAGCUCUAAUCUAAGAGCUUUGGAUCUGAGUAACAAUGACAUUCGGGAUUCUGGACUGAAGCGCCUGUCUGAUGGACUCAAGAGUCCUAACUGCAGACUGGAAAUACUCAGGCUUUCAGGCUGCUUGAUAACAGAAAACGGAUGUGACUCUCUGCUCUCAGCCUUGAACCGCAGCUCCCAUCUGAGAGAGCUAGACCUAAGUUACAAUCACCCAGGAGACUCAGCAGUGAAGGGUCUAACUGCUAUACAGGAAGAUCCAGAAUGGAAACUGGAAACUCUUAUACUUAAGUUUGGUGGAAAGAACUGGUUGAGACCAGGUCUAAAAAAGUAUUCCUGUACCCUGACCUUUGACACAGACACUAUAAACAGGGGUAUAGAAUUGUCUGAAAACAAGAUGAAGGUGACAUAUUUGGCAAAGUUACAUGCAUACAAUGACCACCACAAAAGGUUUGAGUACUGGUGUCCUCAGCUGCUGUGCUCCGAGGGUGUAUCUGGUCGAGGUUACUGGGAGGUAGACUGGAGUGGAAGAGUUUACAUUGCAGUGAGCUACAGAGAAAUCGAAAGGUGUGGAGGAUUAAAGGACUGUUUGUUUGGAUGGAACAAACAGUCCUGGGCUCUGGUCUGCUCUGAAGAUGGUUAUUCUGUCUGGCAUGAUGACAGGAUGACACCAAUCUCUUCCUCCUCCAUCUCCCACAGAGUAGCAGUCUAUGUUGACCUCCCAGCUGGGAUCCUUUCCUUUUACAAAGUCUCAUCUGAGACACUAAUCCACAUCCACACUUUCAGUACUACAUUCACAGGACCACUGUUUCCUGGGUUUGGGUUCUGGUCUGGUUGGCCAUGCUCCUCAGUGUGUAUGUUGGCCUCCUGCUGCUGAUCAAUGCAGCGCACAUCUGUUGUUAGUUACCACCAACCUUACCAUUCUCUUAUAAUUAGGCAGUGACUUUUUAAAUUAACUAAAUAUAAUUUGACAUAAAAUAUAAUUCCUUUUAAGACGGAAAAUAGGGAUGGAUUUAGUUUUACUUUCGUCUUUCGAGCAUAUCUCCAAGAGUGGGGUCACUGUUGUAUUACUAUAUGUAGGCGUGACGGGAGAUCAUUGGUCAAUGCAACAGCUAGCAAAAGGAAGAGCUUGGGGGGAGUAGUGGGGUAGUGGUUAGGGCAUAGAGCUUGGAAUCCUGAGGUUCUGAGUUCGAGCCCCACUCCCACACACUGCCAAUCUUGGUCCCAAAGAGCCUUAACCCCACACUGCUCCCCUGGCACCACACAAUGGCAGCACACUGCUCCCCAACAGGAUUGGUUAAAUGAAGAGAGUUCAUUUCAUUGCUCUGUACUUGUGACAGUGUAAUGACAAUAAAAGCCAGGAAAAAAAAAAAAAAGUUUUUGGCAUAAUGCAUGUGGAUGGGGAAAAAAUAUAUUGUCCUACGUGCAAUUUUCCACAUAGAAGUAGCAGUAGAUAGCUGAUACCAGUUUUGAGUUCCAGCAACAAAUAAUUUUUAUUUACUUUAUGUUAUUGACGAUGAAAACAAGGUUUUUCUUUUGGCCAACAGGACUUUUUACAGUAAGGGAUAUUUUGAGGGCUUAAAUUCUUUACUUCAAUUGAGUCAUAGCUAGUUCAAUCCAAUAUGGCUCUGGGCUGGUUCCCCUCUUCACCCCCAUUUCCUCUGUUUCUGGUGAAGGCAGUUGAGAGAAAUCCUCCACCUAAUACAAGUACUCCAUUGCUAAACUAUCAUCUCUGUGAUAUUUCUCUAUGUUCGUGUCCCUGUCAGUUACAACCGAAACCACAGCCAGCCCUCAAACCCUUUACUCAACAUUAGCAAAGCUGAUAUUGGUUGGAUGUAGAAGGUAAAGACAACGUAUUGGUUUGAUGUGCCCACAUUGGCCUUUGUACAAUGAUAAUUUUUCGCUCUUUUGGUAUCUCUAAAAAAACUAUGGCUAUUUCUAACUUAUUAAAAUAAGCCAGUCAGAAAAAUACAUACUUGGAAUGUACUCACUUUUUAUAAUGCUAAUCAAAUUCCUUUCUUGGUAUGGCAGGCAUGUACAGUAUACAACAGUGCUACAGCUAAGGUAAAAUGUCUCGUACUAAAGUAAUGAUUUAAGGUGUGCAUACUUAUGCAACAGGGAUAUUGCAAAUAUCUUUAUAAAAUGUUUUCCAUGUAAAAAAAAUAGUUUCCUUUUCAGUUAUAUUGUACUUUUAUUUUAAAAAAAAUUAUUAUGAAUUUAAAUAGAAAUUUUUCCUUUUUGACUGUACUGUGAACACUUUAAUGUUAAUUGCUGUAUACUUCGGUCUGUUUGGCAUGUUUGCAUAUUUUAAAAUGAACAUGUGAUUAUACUUGUCAUUAAACUUGUCAUUAUAAUCCCAGAAAAAUACACCAAAUCAUUUUAAUACACCAAAGAAGCUUGUAGAACUAUGCAAGAAA